AUGGCCGCCGCCGCCCGGCAUCGCCCGCGCUCCUCACCGCGACCUCCGGCCGCCGCAGCGGGACCCGCAUCCGCACCGGGAGCAGCGGCGGCGGCGGCGGCGGCGGGCGCGGGGCCGGGCGGCGGCAGCGAUCGCCAGCGCCAAGCAGCCACGGGCACCGGCGGAGGCGCGCACGGCAGCGCGGGCACCCGCGCCGGGGACACGCAUCGGGACCGGGCACCGGGAACACGCAUCUGGGACCGGGCACCCGCAUCGGGACCGGGCACCAGCACCGGGGUCACGCAGCGGGAACGGGAGCACGCACCCGGGACAAGCACCGGGGCUGCGGUCCCGCACCGGGGACCUGGACCAGGAUUGGGCACCCACAGCGGGGACACGCACCCGGACCGGGGACAUGCGGUGGGUCUGGGCACCCACACCGUGGCUGCACCCACACCAAGGGACACGCACCGGUGCCCCGCAUUGGGGACCCGUACCGGGGACAGCACCAGCACCCAUCCUGGCACCCGGAGCACCAGCCACAAGUGCACCCACACCCAGCACAAGGCCAGAACCACACCAGGGACACCACUGACACCGGGCACUCAGCACCCAACACCCAGCACCCAGCACUCAACACCCAGCACCCAACACCCAGCACCAGCACCCAACACACAACACCUAGCACCAGCACCCAGUAUCCAACACCCAGCACCCAACACCCAGUACCGGCACCCAGCACACAACAUCCAGCACCAGCACCCAACACACAACACCUAG